AUGCCGUACCACAAGCGCGCCGAGCUCCUCGAAGCAGCAACGGCCUUCUGCACGAGCUUCGCCAACAAAGCCUCGCCCGACAAGAUCAUGGGCCACUUCGCGCGCGCCUCCCCCCCAGCCACAUCCACUACAAGCACAAGCACAAAGGACAGCGACAUCCUCGCCCUCGAGCACGGCCUGCCGCAGCUGGCGCCCUUCCUGGGCCGCGAGUUCCGCGGCCGCGCGGGAGUGGCCGAGUACUUCGAGGCCAUCGGCACGUGCCUUACUUACGAGGACAUGCGGUUCGGCGAUUACGUUGUGGAUGCUGUCGAGGGCAGGGUCGCGGUCCGCGGCUCGGCGCGCUUCACGUGGACGGCCACGGGCCAGAGCUGGGACGAGACGUUUGCUUAUAAGCUGGCGUUUGACGAGGGUAAUAAGGUCGUACGGUAUGAGGUCUGGGCCGAUUCCGGGGCGGCUUAUCUGGCGAGUAAGGGGGGGCUUGACCGCGUGAUGGAUGGGUCGUGA